AUGCAAAACAAGAUGGCUCGUGUUGUUGCUGAGCCUAACUCGACUGACGAUAUCUCCCGAAUCCUUAAGCGUCGUGGUCAGAAGAUGUUUGAACAAACAGACAACCAGAAGAAGCUCGAGCAGCUUGACAUUGACUCUGUUCUCGCAAACGCAGAACUGCAUCAAACCGAAGAGGCAGAGCAAAUCCAAGCAGACGGUGGCGAGGAAUUCUUGAAAGCCUUUGACUUCGUCGACAUCAAAGUCGAUGAUCUCACCUGGGACGACAUUAUCCCCAAGGAUCAACUUGAUGAAAUCAAAGCUGAAGAGAAGCGCAAGGACGACGAUGUUUACCUUGCUGAAGUCAUUGAGCAAAAUAGACCUCGCAAGCGUCAUGCACCGACAGAUACACCAGACUCACGCGAGGAACGCAAGGCCAAGCGCCUUGCAAGGGCUCAGGUUCACAUUGACGAUGGCGAAGAUGAGAAUCCCUCAUUGGAUCCCAAACGCGCUCUCGGAGAGAAAGAGUACCGUGCGCUCUCUCGGGCUUUCCUCCGCUUUGGAGAUAUGGAUGACUCUGAAGAUCUCAUCCUUGAAGAUGCAAGGUUACAAACCCGUGACCGGGACACUGUUCGUGCUGCUCUCCGUGAGAUCACCGACAAAGCCAAUGCACUUGUACAGGAAAGUCUAGAUCAAUUAGAUGCCAUGAAGCAAGCGGGCAAAAAUCCAACGAAGAAGGAACAAAAGGCGGUCCUGUUCGAUCACCACGGUGUUAAGCGACUUAACGCAUGGACUAUUGUCGAACGACCCCCUGACAUGCGUCUGAUUCGGAGUAUCACCAACGCGCUGCCUGAUUUCAAGACGUUCCGCCUUCCUGAAGCUACAAAGUUGGCGGACUACAGUUGUACGUGGGGUGCUCGCGAAGACGGUAUGCUUCUCGUUGGUAUCGCGCGCCAUGGAUUUGGUGCAUGGACCCAGAUUCGUGAUGACACUGAGCUUGGCCUCGGCGAUAAAUUUUUCCUCGAAGAGCACCGAGUGGAGCGAAAGACACAGCGGCUGCAGACUGAAGAGAAGGCAACCAAGUCCCCUGGUGCUGUGCACCUUGUUCGACGAGCUGAGUAUCUCAUGUCUGUGUUGAGGAAUAAGUACAACAACAAUGCUACCGCCAGGAGAGCUGUUGACAACCAUCAUCGCAACAACAAGCGCAACUCGCGAGUCUCUGGCAGCGGUAGUGUCUCUGCCUCUCCAGCGCCCUCUAGCUCCCGCAGGCCUGAGAAUCCCCGCAAGGGUCAUCGUGAAGUUGAUCGUUCGCGUCAACGAUCGCACCCAUAUGGUGGUCGGGAGGGAAGCGACCGUCACCACACCCCAAGCCACGAUCGUCCUCGGUCCGGUCUUGAUAACCGUCCUCGUCAUCGUCUCUCUGAUGCGUCUAACGACGACCUUCGUCGACGGAGAGGACAUGAAAAUGGCGGUGGAUCAAGCAAAGAGGACAUGGCUUUCAUGUUCUUUAAGCCCGUUGUUGCUACCCUCAAACAGGUGUCGAUGAUCACUGCCAAGAACUAUCCUAACAAGAAUGAGAGAGCUCAAAAGCUCAGGCUCACUCUCGUGAAGAUUGGCGAAUUCAUCCGCAACACCUUAGACGGACAGCAAUCUAUGCCUUCGCUGGAGCUCCGCUUAUGGGAUCACGUUUCACUCAACUACUGGCCUAACAAGGAUGCUAGUGGAGCCAAGCUCCAGCUCAUGUUCAACAAGGUCAUGGAAGCGAGCAAGGCCUCGAAGCCUUCCAAUGGCACAUCGGCUUGA